CCUUUCUCGUUUCCGGGCUGGCGGAGGAGCGGCGGAGGUGUGGGUGGCGAUGGCGGAGAGGGGGCUGCCCGGGCUGGAGGCCCAGCGGCGGCAGGUAGAGGGAGAGGGGCCGGGCCAGCCCGGGAGGAAGAGACCUCUGGGAGCGGGAGAGAAGUGGUAUUUGCUGGAAAAUCAUUGGUACAAGCAGUGGAAAGCUUAUGUGGAAUCUGGAGAUCAGAACUCAAAUGCUUUUCCUGGACGGAUCAACAAUGCUGAACUCUUUGAAGAUUUGGAAUCUUACCGGUUGAAGGACAAGCUGGUAGAACAUGAAGAGUACAUUCUGGUGCCAGAGGAAGUGUGGGACAAGCUGGUGAGCUGGUACGGCAUUGAACAUGGCCAGCCAGCCAUUGAACGAAAGGUGGUAGAUCUUCCUAGCAUGCAGAAGGUGGAGGUUUACUUGGUUGAUCUGUACCUCUGUCAGCACAAUGAUGUAGACAGCCCUGUGGUCUCUCAAUUUAGCCGGAUGGACACCAUUGAUACAGUGCUAAAAGAGGCCCGGAAUCAGUUUUCAGUUCCAGCAGAAGAUGAAUCAAGACUCUGGGUGAAAAAUGCUGAUGGCUCCUAUGAGAGGUUACGAAACUUGCAGAUGACUGUGCUGGAUGCCUGCCUAAGUUCAGGGCAGAUUGUGAUAAUGGAGACCAGGAGUAAAGACGGUACUUGGCCCAGUUCCAGACCACAUAUCAUGAAGAAUUCCAUUGAUGAGGAAGAGCGGUACCGGGGCCAGCCAGGGAUUUGUGGCCUUACCAACCUGGGGAACACAUGCUUCAUGAACUCUGCUUUGCAAUGUCUCAGCAAUGUGCCCCCUCUGACAGAAUACUUCCUCAAUAACAAUUAUCUGGAUGAAUUAAACUUCAGCAACCCUCUUGGCAUGAAAGGUGAAAUUGCUGAAGCCUAUGCGGAUCUCAUUAAACAGAAGUGGUCUGGCCAUCACCGCUCCAUCGUGCCCCGAAUGUUCAAGACCAAAGUGGGCCAUUUUGCCUCUCAGUUCCUUGGCUAUCAGCAGCACGAUUCCCAGGAGCUUCUCUCCUUCCUGCUCGAUGGUUUGCAUGAGGAUCUCAACCGUGUGAAGAAGAAAGAGUACAUUGAAUUAAAGGAUGCAGCAGGGAGACCCGAUGAGGAAGUAGCAGAAGAAGCGUGGCGCAACCACAAACGUCGCAACAAUUCCAUCAUUGUUGAUAUCUUCCAUGGACUCUUCAAAUCAACAUUGGUUUGCCCUGAAUGUAACAAAGUUUCGGUGACUUUUGACCCCUUCUGCUACCUCAGUGCCCCUCUGCCAAUUAGCAAAGAUCGAGUGCUGGAGGUUUUCUUUGUAUCCAUGGAUCCCUGUAAGAAACCUGAACAGCAUAGGCUGAUUGUCCCGAAAGCUGGGAAAAUGCUAGACCUCUGUCAUGCUUUAUCAGAGCACACAGAUGUGCCUGCUGAGCGGAUGAUGGUGGCCGAUGUGUUCAGUCACCGCUUCUACAAGAUCUACCAGAGGGAAGAGUCUCUCAGCUGUAUCCAGGAACGGGAUGACAUCUUCAUAUACGAGGUUUCUGUGUCCUGUCUGGAAGACCCGGCCUCAGCAGAUGCAGUGGUUCUGCCAAUCUACCUUCGGGAGCGUACCCAGGGCCGGGACUACAGCAACAGCUACUAUGGGGUCGUGCUUUUUGGUCACCCCCUUCUGGUAUCUGUGCCCCGGGAUCAGCUCUCCUCAGAUGCCUUGUACCAGCUCCUGCUGCAUCGGCUCUCCCGCUAUGUGACAUGGCCAGACUCUGAGGACGAACAGAGUGAGGAGGAGGAAGAGGAGGAGGAGGAAGAGGAAGAGGAGGAAGAAGAGGAUCUCUACAAUAAGAGAUCCAAUGGACUGAGUGAAGGGGAGGAUGAGGAGGAAGAUGAGGAAACAACAGCGGAAGGCUUUGCCAAUCAGGACCCUAGCUCAGGGACCCCUUCAGACACUUCAGUGGGGGAGGAAGGGGCUAGUGGGGAGGAGAGGCGGAGCCCCAACACAUCUCCCCCACAGCGUCCCCAGUCUCCCCGUGUGCCAUCUUUCAGUCCCAGUCCUCCUACAGCCAACCAGGCGAAGCGUAAAUGCUGUCUGCCCCAGAAGCGGCCAAAAUUGCUUUUUACACUACAGCCCGUCAGUUCUAAUGGCACCAGUGACUGGCUGGCCGGCCAAGAAGAGAGCAAUCCUGUCUCCUUCAACUCCCAACCAUACGUUGCUCUAGACUGGGAUUCUGAAAUGAAGAAGCGCUACUACAAUGACAUUGAGGCCGAAGGCUAUGACAAACAUGACUGUAUGGGCUACACGCUGAAGAAGGAUCCCAUUAAGCUGCAGGAGUGCAUUGAAUUGUUCACUACCAUGGAAACACUGGAGGAGGAAAAUCCCUGGUAUUGUCCCACCUGCAAAAAACACCAACUUGCCACCAAGAAGCUGGAUUUAUGGUCACUACCGGAGAUUCUGAUUAUUCACCUCAAGCGUUUCUCUUAUACCAAAUUAUCCCGGGAGAAACUUGAUACCCUCGUGGAAUUCCCUAUCCAACACCACUUUUGCCCGGAACAAGGACACUGGGGCGUGGUAUUAUUUUGAUGAUAGCAACGUGUCUGCGGUUUCAAAUAACCAGAUUGAGUCCAAAGCUGCCUAUGUCCUCUUCUAUCAACGCCAGGACAAAAUCCGCCACCCAACUCCCCUUGCUGCAUCCACGAGUACAUCUGCUUGCGGGAAUGAGGAGGACUAUGCUGCCUGCUGCGAUUCUCACUUCCAAGAGCUAGCAAACCGGGACUUCAUGGAUGUGGACUGACCUUCAGCUCGCUUCCCUUCUCCAUUUGCAACAGGCGGAGAACCAUAUACGUUCCCUUCCUUGAACUGAAGGGGGCAGCUGGAUUUCAGGCCUUGGAAUAAGGGCAGGGCAGGGAUGUAGGAGACGAGAUAGAGCCCCUUACCAGCACAAGCAGACCUGCCAUCGUCCUGUGUCCCAAAGUGCAAGGCUCUUUGCCUAGCACAUAGUUCCCCAUUGUGGAGGGGAAGAUUGACUAUCCUUUAAAAGGCUUGUGCCUUACACCAACAUAAUAAGAUAGGCUUCUUGGAUUGUCUCCUCCAUUCCCCCUUUUUUUACAUCUCAAAAUUGAGAUGCUUUUAUUAGUGCUAGGUUUCCUAUGUGGAAGGAAACUUAAAUGCAUCAUUUUUAUGCUGGCUGUGCACUCCGCACCCCACCCCCAAUCUCCCGCAGUAUUAGGCCACUCUCUAAUCAGGGUAUCUGCCCUUGUUUUGCUGCUCGGGACUUCAUGUCUUCACCUCCAGUUCUCCAUUGCUGGUUCCUGUGUUUUGGGAGGAGUUUGCCAAGAUCCUAACUCCUGUGUAGUCUGUGGCCAAUUAGGACACUUCCCUGCUACUGCCCUACGUCUGACAUUGGAUACGUCUGGAUAAAUGUACCCCACACCCUCCAUGU